CUUUAAUACAAAUAGACCAUAUUUUAAUCACGUUUUAUAGAGGAGACUAAAAGCAAUAAACAUACAUGUAUAUACACAUACUUAUAGAUACGGGUCACAAGGUAUAAGGAAUAUAAAUAUAAGUUUGUUAAUAGUUCACGUACAAUGCUUUAAAAGUUCACAUACAAUGCAAGGUUAAACUUUCUAAGAAUUUUAACCAACAAAAGUAAUUUCUAUAAUCUGAUACUAACAUUGUAUGAUCGACAAAAUGAAAGACAGAUUUUUUCAACGAAACACAGUAUACGGAAAUAACAGGCUCGUGAGUCGAGGCUCGAGUUACUAAUUAUAAUACAUCAACUUAAGUUAAAGGCCUGACAAAAACUCAAACGGUGAAAAAAAGUCAAUUCGAGAGGAAAACAGUGAGAGACUGAACCCAAGGAAAUGUUGAAGAGACUGAAAAAUUUCUUCAAAGAUGUCACUGGGAGUGAUGGCCAACAACGAAAUUCAACGUUUUAUCCUGACUCUAAUGCUGCGAACCUUCAACCAGGCAAAGCGUCCAAUGUUAAAAUUGAAAUUAAAACCAAGGUAACACAUGGCCAUAAUGAGAAAACCAACGUUAGAGUUAAGACAGAUGGCGCUAACGGCAAUGGGAAACUAUUCUCAACAGGUGGCGCUGGUAUCCAGUCACCAGGCGGAGUUAGGAGUGCUAUCCGCAGUUUCGAAAGGGGGUCGGUUGAUGAUUAUAAUCCGUCUUCACAAUCGCCAAUAAUCAAACCAAAGCGUUACCCCCUUCCAAACAAUCAAGGGGAACGAAAGUCCAGCCCCGUUACAUCUCCAUCAAGUGUUAGUAACUCUGAUACGUCAUAUCGUUCAGAGGUCAAACUAAAUAUAACUGGUGGUAAGGUGAAUGAAACGCCUAAGUAUAAACCAGUGAACUUCAAUAUCAGUACAAAUCCAACCCCUUCUCCGACGCCCUUGUCCACAGGAGGGCAUAAAGGAAAAAUGACCGUUAAUUUAAAAUCAACAGACUUCAAGAAUAUUCACUUCAGCUCGGAUUCGGGAUUAAGUAGUACGGGAAGUCCGUUGAAUAAUGUCAUCCCUACAUCGCCAAAGGUGACGAAAAAGCCAAGAGCAGUUUCCAAAAAAUGGAAAACCAAGCCCAGAGAAAAUUACAAGCUUGACACAAAAAGUAAUAUAACUACAAUCACCUUAGAGCCACCUAUUACCACAAACCAGCCUAUUGCUCCCAAAUUAAACAUUUUAAAUCGUCCAUUGCCGAAUCCCCCUAAACCACCACGCAGCAACCUACUCCUUACAAGGAAAAAGUCGGAGAAAAAGAAAGUGUCUCAUGCACAUGGAAAAGGUGUUACAACCGCUAUGAAUAAACCAUCUCCCCAAUUUAAGCAGAUGAAGACUAUGACGACAACAAUAGCACCAGAUAUCGCGCCUACUCCCCCUCCGAGACCGAUGUCCACAUUGGCGGGACUGAAGAACUUGGUUCAACAGCCAAAGAAAGAAGAGUUUGGUAAAUUUCGCCCUAGGAUGAGCAGAUACCGCCCAAACCAGAGACAGAGAACUCUGGAGCGUCCAGUAAAUGACAUCCUUGAUGGGACAACAUCCCCCACACAGAAGCUUUCCACUCUUACAAGAAGAGGACAGAACAAACUGAACGCUUUGUUCAGCUUUAAACACGGUGGGGUCGCUCAAAACAAGACCAAAUCCCUUGGCAAAUCCAAAGGACAUGUCCCAUACAAAAGAGCCACGCGCAAAAACAAAAUGAAGAAAUCUUUGGAUAAGAGAAAGAUGAAAGGGGCGUUCGAAAAAUCUGAAUUGGAAGAGAAGAAACGCAUCGCUGAAUCAAAAUGGAACAAUAUUGUUAAGUCAGAGAGCACUUGUGCCAAUUGCACAGAUCAAAUAGGAUAUUCUUCAUUCUUACAAUACAACCCUGGUAUUGUGUUCCACAGUGAUUGCUUCAAGUGUUUUGCGUGUGGCGGUGGGUUGCAGUCCCAAACUGGGAACUUUUCUUACGUAGCUUACAAAGGAUCUAUUCCCGUCUGUAAACCAUGUGCCCACGAUAUGCACGCAGUGCGCUGUGUGAUAUGCGAUCAGGGAAUCGGUAACUCUAAGUCAAGUGAAAAAACAAAAUAUAGACUAACUGCUGAUGGGAAGCCAAUGUGUAGCGAUUGUGAACACAAAUGUGUAGUUUGUGAUAAACGAUUGCCACAAAAAUACAAAAGCGAUCCAUUUUGGGACGAGUCGUACUGCCCGCACCAUGACCACGGGAAUCAUCGCUGUGAGGGAUGUAACAGGAUGGGUGGUCUUCCACUGAAAACAGAGACCCUUAUGGACGGGAGAAUCAUAUGUUUCGACUGUGGCCUAACUGCUGUCCGAAAUGAACCAAAGGUGCAACAGCUAUGGCAAGAAAUAGUAAAGUUCUACGAAGAGGACUACACGCUAGUACUGCCACAAAAGGGUGGCUUCCCAGUGAGGACCGUGACACGCCAAGAGAUGAAGGCAUUAAAGAAAGACCGCGGGGACGGGAAAUGUACAACACGUGGCCUGACUAUAAGUGAAAUAACCGUCUCACAUGGCCCACGAGGGACAUCAAAAUCUGGCCUUGUAAGAGAAAUUGUAGUAUUAAGUGGUCUACCCGAGAUUAUCACAGCUGGCAUACUUGCUCAUGAAUUCAUCCACGCGUGGUUUACCCUACAAGAUUUAUCAGUGGGCAAAGAAUUGAGUCCCGAAACUCGUGAAGGUACAGCUGAACUGGGAGCAUACCUUUGGUUGAGGACUAAAAUGACUGAUAAUUACGCAAGACCCGGUGAUGAAGAUCUCUUAGAUAGAGCUGUAUAUGAUAUUGAGAAUAAUCAAAACAAAACGUAUAGUGACGGUUUUAAGAUGAUCAAAUUGGCUUAUGAUAAAUGGACUCGUCAUAGAGUGGAUGACUUAAAGGGAUGUCUGCUGUAUAUACACAAAGUAGGAAGAAUAUAAUGAUAUUGUAUCGUCAUUAUCUAACUUUACGUAUAGAUUUCGCAUUUCAUAGCACUA